UCAUUCAGUAUCAAGCCUAAAUAGUAAAAUGGCUUCACUUUCCCCAUCCACCAUGGCCACCGGGGCCAUCCCUACUCAAGCCACCAUGGUGGCUUCAUUCAGCGGUCUUAGGUCUACCGCCACUUUUCCCGCCACCAAACAGGCGAAAAACGACUUCUCUACCCUCCCUAGCAAUGGGGGAAGAGUGCAAUGCAUGAAGGUGUGGCCGCCGCUUGGUUUGAAGAAAUACGAGACUCUUUCAUACCUUCCAGAUCUAACCGAGGCUCAAUUGGCUAAGGAGGUCGACUACCUUCUCCGCAACAAGUGGGUUCCAUGUCUGGAAUUUGAAUUGGAGCACGGGUUUGUCUACCGUGAGAACGCUAGGUCACCAGGUUACUAUGAUGGUAGAUACUGGACAAUGUGGAAGUUGCCCAUGUUUGGGUGCACUGACUCGGCCCAGGUGCUAAAGGAGCUAAACGAAUGCAAGAAGGAGUACCCUAAUGCAUGGAUCCGUAUCAUUGGAUUUGACAAUGUCCGUCAAGUGCAAUGUAUCAGUUUCAUCGCAUCUAAGCCAGAUGGAUAUUAAUCACGUACAUAUACCUUUUUGUACUAUCAUUUCAGCCUUUUGUAUUGUUGUGUUGAUUUUUUUCUGAAAUUAAGAAUGUCAUUUUAAAUUA